ACAACAGCAACAACAACAACAGUAACAACAACGCUCGUCUUUUCCCCCCUUUUUCAGGUAUAACCGCUCCCGAUCGAGAAUCCAGCUUACUGAGAUCCUUGUUAAUGACAACCAGUGCUCUGUGGUCCGCUGUAGGCUUCUACCACGUGGUAGAGGCCGUCACGCCACAAGCCACACCUGACUCCGAGACGCUGUGGGCGGGCUACGGGGCCUUCUUGAUCAUUUUCUUGUUCUACGUGUUCGCAGGGCUGUACCACAGGGACCGAGUCGCCGCCACGGUGGCUCUCGGGAUGUUUCUCUCCUGCGUCUUCGAGAUUGCUUCUCUGUGGCGACCGUUAAGGAGAAGUGCUGCCGCUUACUAUCUCCUACUUGCCGCUUUGUGUCUGUACUUGGCGGUUUCUAAACUUUGGGCAAAGUUCCGACAGAAGAUAGACAAAGUUUACAGAUCGGAUAAUGCAGAUCCGCGUCCACUUCCGAUUGAUUUCGUCCCCAUGGGGCAUGCGAUGAACACCUUAGCCGCAGCUGUAUAUGCAGGUCAUGUGACUGGUGUAUUUAGCUCAGCUGUUGAAGGCUUCACCUGGGUGCUCACGGCUGGGGUGUAUCUCACAGUAGCAGCUGUGGUGGCUGUCAGGCGGUCUCAGAUGUACGCUAGCGUUUACUUAAUUUUCCACGGUCUUUUCUGGCUGACUAAUGGCUUCGACCUCACAGUGGCUUACAUUAAUCAAGUUGACACCCCUUUCAUAGUGGCUCCAACCGUCAUUCAUUUUAUUAUCUUCUUUAUUCUCGCUGCGUUUUCCAUCACCAGAGAGCUUUACCAAGUGCCUCAAGUCCUUUCUAUCUGUCUUCUCUGCAUCGCUAUUAUUCUGGGCAACAACAGAGGCGCGUUUGUGGGAGCCAUGGGCUGGAUACUUUUCGUCUUGUCUUUGUACAGUCUCGCUGCUCACUUGUCUAGAGUCCAGAAUUCUGGUUUUAAAAUCCCUCUCGGUGCCAAACUACUUAGCACUGACAAGCUACUUGCAGGAUUUGUGUCUGCUUGCAAAUGCUGUUUUUCUAAAUCCAAGAAUCUAGUUUCUGCAACUGCUUCUAGAGGUAAUCACCUCUUCUCCACUGAUUUCACCCUCGGGUAUUCUCGCUAUGCAGGGUUUGAUCUUGCCGGCUUCGCUGUAAACGCGGUGGCAGCUUUGGCUAUUCUGUGGUCACCUCAGGGCGUAUGGGUCUUACCUUGGGCGCUGCUUUUUGGAGGUGUGGCUCAAAUGGUGGUGGCGUCUAUCUCUUUUGCUCAAGGCUUGUCUUUUGAAAGCUGUGCAUUUUUUACGUUCGGCUCAUUCUGGAUGAUAUGGGGCCCGGCGAGAGGUAUCGGCAUCCUGGACCAGGACAACUCUGCGGCUGUGAUUACAGGCACUAUCGGCUUCCUUGCUGCUACUUUACUGCUUCUCGGCCUCUCCUUUCUCAUCAACAAAGCUUGGACAAUCGUCACUUUCCUCUUCAAUCUUGUCGUCGUGGGUAACCUCCUGCACGCCGUCAACGCCAACGGCUCUUUCAAGUACGAGGUGGUCAUCAAUAUUGUGUUUGUGGUGGCGUGCAUGUACUGUUUCUUAGCGUACGCACUGCGCGCGGUGUGGGGGAGAGAGAUUCUGCCCGUGGGCCAGCCCUACCUGCAGGUGAGCUACCUGCAUUCUCAGGGUGAGCAAGCCUUCUGGGCGGACGGCAGGACAGCCAGUGGGGUCAAGGCUAUCGCAGACAUCAUGAACCGUGGCGGAAUCUGCGGCAUCCCAACUGACGUCGUCUAUGUCUUGGUAUCGGCUCUGAAGUUUCCAAAGUCUGUAGAGAGAGCUUACAACACCAAGAAGGACGCAGAGGACCGACCAAUGUCGAUGUGGAUCAGCAAAGUGAGCCAGAUCGAAGAAGGGAGGCCACUCUUUGGAGAACUUGCUUGGGGACUCAUGAAUGAGAUCUGGCCGUCUACUGUCAGUAUGGUGGUUCCCAAAGGCGAGUGGCUGAUGAAUCUGGGAAUAGGGUCAUCGGAGAAGUACAUUGGACGUCCAGACAGUAUUGCAGUGAGAAUGCCUGACAACACUGUGACGUCACACUUGAUUGACCAGACUGGACCGGUAGCCACUACGUCUGCCAACCCGACUGGAGAAGCUGACACCACUCAUCAUCUCCAGGUCCUUGCCAAACUGGGGCUGGAAAACGAUGAUGAGGCCGACGACGGCAAUAGAGACACGUUGAACAACGUGAGAGCUCCGAGUGACAUUGACAACACCAACAGUCCGCCCCGAGGCAACAGCGUCAACACUUCCUUCGACCUGAGCUCCGGGGAGUCAGUUGUCGCAGACGACGCCCAACUCAUCGUGAGUCCCCAGCCGACACUUCCAAGGCCACCACACGUCGCAAACCAAGAAAGACCAUCGUCGUCAACUGCUGGAAUCCGUGCGCACGCCAACAAGAUCUACGAAACGCUGAUACCUUUUGGAAACCGAGAGCCGAGAGCAGUUGUUAAUGGACAUGGCAAUAAUCAAGGCGGUAGAGCAUUUGUGGUUAGCGAUAAUCUCAGCGGAGACUCACAGUCUAUCCAAUCAGGAGUGAGUUCUUCUCAAGGGGGAGGGCCUUAUAAUCUGGUGGGAAGGGCCAGCCCGCUGAGUGACGGCAACGUCACAGCUUUGAGGUUUUCUUCUCUAGAAGACGACACUAACCCUUACGAGCCUAUGCAGUUUACCAAAUCUGGUGUUGAGAUGGCCAGAGCGGGGGCUGAAAUUGGUGGCCGAGGACCGAGCCCGGCGUUCAGUGUAAACCCUCUGUACCAGGGACCAACCACCAGAACAAAGCUGUGA